UUUUAAAACAAAAUUUUAUUCACCAAGAUUUUUGUUCAGGUGAAACUAUUCAGUAGGAAGAACAUUAUAACCAUAGCAACCAAGGUCAAACAAACAGCGGCAAAAAUAUGUUUCAAAAGAGGCAAGUGUGAAUGAAGAUUAAAUUUAUCAAUAAUAGUUAUAAAAAGCGUGUUAUUUUGUUAUUUGUAUUUUUUAAACGUAGAUCCGGCUAGUGGAAAUUAUAUCCAAACCACUUUCAGUGUCGAGUGGGUUAAAGAAUGAGUCUAAUAUCCAAUAGAAUUCUACAUUCUCUUCAAAGAUAACAAUAAUCCCAUGGCUCAAGGAUGGCACAUCAGCAAAAUGGGCUUGACUAUGCAAACAAGGACCGGGACCUGCCGUACUGGCUCGAAAGCCUUACCAAGGAGAUGAAAGAGACGCAUAUUCGAAAUAGCAACAGUGAUUCUCCAAUUCUGGAGGAUACCAAAUACAAAAUCGAAAAUUCUAAAUUAGAAGGCCGUAGGUUAGCGCGCCGGACAUCAUUAGAUGCAACAAUGGAUAUGUUAAUGAAACCGCAGCUAGGAUCUGUUGCGCACUCCGCUGGUACUUUGCGCCAGCCAAAAGCGUACCAAAACGGACGCCGCGUUUACAACGUUAGGGGUAAAUUGGACUGGGGAGACUCUCCCAAUGCAAGCUCCAAUGACUUUUUAUCAGACUUGCUACCACAUUACGUUACGCCACGGCAUCGACGAGCCAAUAAUUUGAUGGAUGAUGAUUUUCAUGACGUCAUUCUAGGCCCCAGGCCGCAAGAGCCAAAAACUCGUAAAAAGCUCGUCACCAAAGAGGGCAUUACUAGCUUGCAAGAAAGUAAUUCAGUCAAGAGACCUGGUCCAAAAAACAUUACGAAGAAACCUUCAUCAUUAAGUUCAGUUCCAUUAAAACAUGGAUUAAAGGAGAAGGCCAAGAAUGAGUUCGUCAUUCCUGAGUUACCAGAAGGACGGUUGUUGGAGCUAAAGAUUUUCUCUAACUGGGGUGAUAAAUAUUUGGUUGGCUUGAAUGGGAUAGAACUCUUUGAUUCGGAUGGCAAUCCUGUUAUUGUGGAGAAGGUGUGGACUGAUUCGGACACAGGGGACCAAUCGAAACACGGGCGCGCUGAGAACAUAAUAGACGGCGUGAUGCGCACUCGUGAUGAACGGCAUGCUUGGACCGUGCCAGCGCCACGUGGCAACCCUAUAGCUUUGUCUGUUUUAUUAGCUGGAGGCUCCAGACUGGCGUUGUUGAGGAUAUGGAAUUACAAUAAAUCGCGAAUAUAUUCUGCUCGUGGGGUCAGGUUGGUCCAAAUAAAAUUAGAUGACCAAGUUAUAUUCCACGGAGAAAUCGCGAGGUCCAGUGGAGAGUUGAAGGGCCCAUUAUCGUCGUUUGGUGAUACAAUCCUCUUCACGAAAGACCCUGCUAUACUGGAGGCUAUAAUGCAAAAUGACAAGAACUUCCAAGCCUUACUAAAGGACAAUGAGCCGAUGGCCGACUUCCCGAAUAUUAUCGAGAAGCGACCUCCAACGGCCAACGACAGUAAUCAUAAUAUGAGCCCAACGGCACUGUUAGAAGCUCUGGAUAUUGAAGAGAAGGAGAUUAAGUACAUCGCCAAGAAAAUCAAAAUGACGCUCAUGUCUACUUGGGGACAAAGGCAUUUGGUUGGACUCACUGGGAUCGAGCUCCUUUGUUACAACGAGCCGGUCAAGAUUCACCGAGCGUAUGCAUACACUGCAUUCAUUACUGAGGACCAAGCGACGGAACAUAGUAAUCUCAUAGAGUGCAAGAGUUUGUUCAACGGUAGGAACAUCACCACCGACUUCGAAGACAUGUGGUGCACGAACUUUGCGACCGGCAACAAAUUCUGUCAUAUUGUUAUGGAGCUAAUGGAACCCACUGAGAUUACCAGUAUCCGUUUAUGGAACUACAACGCGAACAUGGAACUCUCGUACAUAGGUGCGAAACACGCGCGGAUCUCCCUGGACGGUGCCCCACUAAACUACAGACCAUUGUUACUACGCCGCGCUCCAGGAGACACAUGCUAUGAUUACGUGCAGCAGAUCGACUUGCUCGCUGUCGACGAUAGGCUAGACGAUGCGAAAGAUACGGAUAGCUUCCGCAUGGAUUGCUUAGUAUACGGUACUAACCUGGACAUGGGAGCUCCCACCGGCUUUGUGCUGCAGCUGAACAUAUUCUCCACUUGGGGCGACCCUUACUAUGUCGGCCUCACAGGAGUCGAGCUGUACGACCCUCAUGGAAACUUGGUACCGCUUACUGAGACAAAUGUAUGCGCUCAUCCAGCGAGUGUGAACGUGCUGGACCCGCGCGCUGCUGACGUGCGUACUCCGGACAAACUCAUCGACGGACACAACGCGCGCGUCGGAGACGCUUCGCACUCCUGGCUCGCACCUGUACUACCACACACACUCAACAGGGUUUAUUUUGUAUUCGAUGUCCCGGUAUCCGUUUAUGGCAUCAAGAUCUGGAACUAUGGGAAAACUCCAACAAGAGGCGUCAAGGAGUUUGGAGUUUUAAUGGAUGACUUGUUGCUGUACAACGGAACUUUGGACUGUGCCAAAAGUGAUGAAAAUCUCAUGCCGCAGUGGUUCUGCUUGCAGAAUUUAGAUGUGGACACAUUGACGCCGACGUCUUGUUACUGGUCGGUAUACACUGGGUAUUUUUAUCAGGUCGUCGGAGAUGAGCCAGCGGACGACGACGAGCGGUUCGAGCGAGAGCGCGGACCCGAGCGCGCGCCCACACACCAGCGUGCACCUGCUGCACAAACACUAGCCACGCCCGCGGCACCGCCCACCAUGCAUUAA